AUGCAGUACACGCCAUUUGCUUCCGAUAUUGAACUGCCCUUUUAUACAUCCCUGGCCUCCCACAAGAUCAACCAUGACAAGCUAGAUGACUCCGCCCGGGCCGUGCUGGGCCUAUAUGAGAUCCGCCCCUCGGAUCCCGAGGCCGCAUCAUGUCGGAUUCAAAUACACGGAAAUGCCCUCACUGGCAGCGAAGGACCCGCUGGCUAUUACAGAGCCGAAGGCAUGAUCAAAAAUGUCAACACAGUCGAAGAAUAUCGAAACAUGGACAGGCCCCAGCUGCUUCACCAAGCUGGACAGACGGUUUGGGAUGCAAUCCAUGACGGAACAAUCUUCUCAUGUCCGUCAUUGCUGGCCAGCUUCAUUAUCGUGUCUUUUGCCGACCUCAAGAAAUACAAAUUUCAUUACUGGUUUGCUUUUCCGGCAAUCCACUCCGACCCCUCAUGGAUACCAGUGGAAACUGCUGGUCAAGUGUCCCAGCCACCCCAAAGCCAAAAUAUCGAUUCUCUUAACGGGAGGUACCUAUUCCCGCGUGAAAGCACUACCCUCGUGGAAGCCGUGGAGACUUGGUCCUAUGCUGUGGAUCAUCGGCAAAGAGGGUUCUUUCUAGCUCGGAAGUCCAAAAAGGACAAUGGCCAUGCCUCCCCAGAAAAUACUGAUAUCGAAGACACCGAGCUGGACAGCAACUGGCAAAUAGCGUCACUUUCAGAAUACGAAAAUGGGUUCUUCAACGACACGGCCGCUGGAGACCGUUAUCGAUGGGGCCUCAACCGAGUACAAAUCCUACGGUAUCGUGACGUGCACUCGAAACGUGAACAGGGCCGCAGCAUGGUCAUUCAACUGAGAUCAAGCGAAAAACAAGAAGUUCAACCACCGAAUGCAUCGACCAAAGAACUUUCGCCGUUACCAAAGGUAACCGGAUGGGAGCGCAACCCAGCAGGAAAGUUGUCAGGGAGAAAUGUUAACCUCACGGAUUACAUGGAUCCCAAAAGAUUGGCAGACCAGUCGGUCGAUCUUAACCUCAAACUCAUCAAGUGGCGAAUUAGCCCGACGCUCAAUCUUGAGAAAAUCAAACACACCAAAUGUCUUUUGCUCGGAGCUGGCACCCUAGGUAGUUAUGUGUCUCGGAACUUGCUGGGCUGGGGUGUGAAGAAAAUCACAUUUGUCGACAAUGGGUCCGUUUCAUUUUCUAACCCUGUUCGGCAGCCUUUAUUCAAUUUCACGGAUUGCUUGAAUGGCGGGGCCCAAAAAGCACAUAGAGCAUCCGAAGCCCUGGCCGAAAUUUAUCCCGGAGUGGAAUCCGAAGGCCAUGCAGUGUCGGUACCUAUGGCCGGUCACCCCAUUGUGGACGAAAAAGCUACAAGGGACGACUUUGAAACACUUAGAAAGUUGAUCGAUGAGCACGACGCUAUUUUUCUUCUCAUGGACACACGGGAAUCACGAUGGCUACCAACCGUGAUGGGCAAAGCCGCAGGGAAGAUCGUCAUGAAUGCUGCCUUAGGGUUUGAUACCUUCGUCGUCAUGCGGCAUGGCAUGAAUGGCGAUAGCACAUCAUUUGAACUUGGAUGCUAUUUCUGCAACGAUGUUGUUGCACCAGCCAACUCGAUCAAGGACCAAACUCUCGACCAACAGUGUACAGUGACCCGUCCUGGAGUAGCCCCCAUAGCAUCUGCACUCCUCGUGGAGCUUUUAGUGUCACUUCUUCAGCACCCCCAAGGCGCCGCGGCACCAGCUCCGGUGGCUAAAAGCACCGAGAGGGAUGACCAUCCCCUGGGCAUUGUACCCCAUCAAAUUCGAGGAUUCCUAUCCACAUUCGAGAACUUAUCCGUCACUGGCCAGAGUUACCAAAGCUGUAGUGCAUGUUCGGAGAGAGUGAUUAGUGCAUAUCGCGAGCAUGGUUGGGAUUUCGUGCGAAAAGCCCUAAAUGAACCCGGCUACGUCGAGGAAUUGAGUGGACUAAAAGAGGUUCACGAGAAGGCGGAAGCAGCACUGGCGGAUAUUGAGUGGGAUGAGGCAUCUGACAAUGAAGAGAUCCAGAUGCUCUAA